AUGGUCUUGACUGUUCUCACAGACGACCAGAUCAAGACGAUCCUGGCCGAUCUGACGGCCGAUGAGUUCGAUGGGUUCAGAAAGGUGAUCUCAACGGCGCUUCACGAGUACUCGACCAACACGCACAACAUUGAGGAUGGUACAUAUCACCAACCGGAGCGCGUCUCAACAGAGAAUCUCAAGACGGGCGCAACGACCUUGUACAUGCCCUCAGUCGGCCCUCAAGGCAUGGGUUGCAAAGGUGACUCUCACAUCCUCUCAUCAUCUCCCCGAACUUCAAUAUUGACACCUCGUGUAGUCGUGACACUCAGCUCCAGCAAAGCAGCCCAAGACCCCUUAAGACCAUCCAUACAACCCACUGGCGCCGUGACCCUCCUCUCACCCGACGGCCAGCCCGUCGGCUUCCUCCACGCAAAGACUCUCACGGCCUUCCGCACCGCCCUCUCCUCCACAUGCCUCCUCGCCCGCCGCAGCCAGGUGAAAACGAUUACCGUCUUCGGCACCGGCCUCCAAGCCUACUGGCACGUCCGCCUGGCCCUCCUCGUCCGCGGCGCGACCAUCAAGCAGGUCAACGUCAUCAACCGCCGCUUCUCAGACGGAGCCCGCGGCUUCAUGAAGCAGUUCUACGGCGUCCCCGCGCACAUCAAGGAGCGCGAAGGCUGGGCCGAGACGACUUUUAGCAUUUUGACGCCCGGGUACGGCGAGUUCAAGAGGCUGCAGCGCGAGCAGAUUCGUGACGCGGACGUGGUGUACUGCUGCACGCCCUCGACGGAGGAGCUGUUCGAGGCCGAGGUGCUGACGAGCCACGAGGGGAGGAGGAAGGGACGGCUGAUCGCGGCGAUUGGGAGCUACAGGCCCGAGAUGAGGGAGCUGCCGGAGGGUCUGCUACUGCAGGCGACGAAGCACGAGAAGCCGCACUGGCACUUUCACAAGCACGCGCCCGAGGGCGGGGUGAUUGUUGUCGACACGCUAGACGGGGCGUUGAAGGAGGCUGGGGAGAUUAUCGCGGCCGGUCUGCAACCUACGCAGCUUGUCGAACUCGGAGAGCUGAUUAUGCUACGGCGGAUGCACGAAGAAGAGGGAGCGGCCUCAGCCGACGACGACACGGCGAGCAUCGCGGCCUCGGAGCUGGAGAAGCUCGACUUUUCGGGAUCGCCCUCCAUCAAGUCUGCAUUCUCCGGGUCCGACGGCGCGUCCGUGUCAGAGUCUCGAUCGUCCAUCAGCAAAGACUCGUCAACGACAGGCAGCAGCAGCAGCAGCAAGGGACCGAGCAUGUUGCGCCGGAGCUCGAGCCAGCGGUCGUCUGACAAGCGCAAGAAGGAAGACGCCUUGGUGAGAUGGCUAAAGGACGGGACGGUGAUUUACAAGAGCGUCGGGCUGGGGCUCAUGGACUUGUCAGUUGGUAUGCACAUGAUCCAGCUUGCGAAGGAGAAGGGUAUCGGGACGCUGAUCGAGGGCUUUUAA